AUGUCAAGUUCAGAAAGACCAGAGGUCAAAUUCGACAAGCAUUUCAAUUGGUGGUCCCUACUGGGUAUCGCGUUCUCAUUGAGCUGCUCAUGGGUGGGUAUCUCUGCAUCAAUGGCCGUUGGUAUUGCCAGUGGGGGUCCACUGCUUAUCAUCUAUGGAUUGAUAAUUGCUGCAUUUUUCAGUCUCAUGUGCGGUAUAUCUCUGGGAGAUUUUGCCUCCAUGCUUCCCAAUAGCUGUGGCGGUUCAUUUUGGGUUCUCAAGAUGCUGGAGCAAAAAUCAGCAACUCUGAAAACUCCCGAUUACGAAGACACUUCUGACGAUGAUGAGGAAGUUUUCCUCGAAAACUAUUGUCAGACUGCUAACGUGGAGGUUUCCUCCAAGGUUCAAAGGGUUUCUUCCAUGGUUGUGGGGUUGCUGAACUAUUUCGGCGCCAUUUUCACCACCGCUAGUAUUUGUUCAUCCUUGUCGAUGAGUUGCAUUGGGAUUCAUAAGUUAUUACAUCCAGACUAUGAAUUAAAACAUUGGCAUAUAUUUGUUGGUUAUCAGUGCAUUAAUGCCAUCUUAACACUUUUCAACAUUUAUUCAUCUCCAUUACCUUAUAUCUCUCAAUUUGGCCUUUAUACGUCUCUUCUGUCUUUUGCCAUGACUUUCAUUAUUUGUAUUGUUUCGAGGUCAAACAACACUAUAGACGCCUGGCCCAAAGCUUCGAAUAUAUUCGGGAGCUUUGAUAAUCAAACAGGCUGGAACUCCUCGGGAAUGGCAUUUGUUGUCGGUUUGGUUAACCCUAUAUGGGCGUUUGUCGGAAUUGAUUCUGCUACGCACAUGAUUGAUGAAGUCGGCUACAGUAAAUCGCGUUUCCUAGUCCCAAAGGUUAUUAUUACCACCAUCAUCGUAGGGUUCAUCACUAGUUUUAUUUAUUGCGUCGGUUUGUUUUUUUGUAUUACUGACAAAACGGCAGUUGUAGAAUCUAUUCUGCCUAUUGUGGAAAUAUUCUACCAGGCCACAGGUAACAGAAACCUCAGUGUUUUCCUACAGUGCAUGUGUAUAACCACAGGUUUCGUUGCAGGUAUCGCAAGCGGGACAUGGCAAAGUCGAAUUUUGCAAUCAUUUGGGAAAAGUUACGCACCAUUCUAUAAAGAGGACUCAUUGGGAAACAAGUCCUUGAAGAGACUAGCCAUGCUGACUCCCGGAUUCAAAUCUCCAUUGUAUGCACAUUUCUUAUCGCAGAUCUGUGUGACGGUUAUUGGUUGUAUCUUCAUGGGAUCUAGCACUGCUUUUAACGCAAUCAUCACCGCCUGCAUCACCUUGCUACUGAUGUCAUAUGCAGUGCCCUCCUUUAUAUUUGUCUUUGUUGUUGAUAAGGAAAAAUUCAUCCACAGGAUUGGGAAUGACGUAAGUUGCAUUAGCAGGCCUAACCGCCGUCGUAUGUCUAAGAUCCCCCAUAUUAUAUGCAUUCUAUGGGCCUUAUUUUGCCUGGUCUUUCUGUCGUUUCCAUACACAUUGCCCGUUACUGCAGGAAACAUGAACUAUACAUCGGUUGUGUAUGCUGUAGUUUUCUGCAUCAUCACCAUUGUCGUCUUUCCUACUUGCCUGUAG